AGGUCUCCACAUGAAAUUCUGCCAAAACUCCCCAGGUGCCAGUGUAGGGACCUGAGCCCCUGGGACCUGAGCAUGGCCUACUUAGAGACUGUAUGAGCCUUUGACCCUUUUAUAGAGUAUGUAAAAGCAGGGCCCCUUGACAAACUGUGUGACUGCUGCUUUGCACUGCUAGCAGCAUUCUGUCAGAUCCCUUCACUGACUGUGGAGAUAACCCCAUACAACUGUUUUCUGUCUUCUUCACUGACUGUGGACAUAGACCCACAGGACUGUAGUCUGGUUCCCUCACUGACAGUGAGAACAUAACCCAUUCUCGGUCUGUGUGAGAGCCUGGGGCAUUCACUGAUGAUACGAGCACGAUCCCACACUAGAGUAGUCUGACGCCAGGGGUGAGCUUCUGCCGUACCCACAUCCCACAUCCUGCAUUUUAGUUUGGUAAAGGCAAAACGAAUAUCUCAUUUGUUCAGAGCCCGUGACGUAUCGUCUAGCUCUGUGUUCCUAUUUUCAUUUCUGUAAUGUAAGCAAAGAAAUUUCUUUUUUUUUUUUUCACACUGCACAUGAGACUGACCACAGUUAGGCCUUGCCAGACUCCAGGUUCACAUGGCAGGCAGUGCUGGUGCCAAGUUCAGGCUUCACAUCCUGGUCCUGUCUCUGCUGUGGUGGUAUUCUCGAGUCACAGGCAGUGAUAUCCACUCUCUCAGCUAUGACUUCACCAUGGUUCCUAAGCUGCCCUCUCUAGUAAGAUGGUGUGAAGUGCAAGGCCAGGUGGAUGGACAGUUUUUUCUUUCCUAUGACUGUGCCAGUGAGAAGGUAAAAGCCCUCACUUCUCUGCAAAAUGAAACAGAUGCCAUAAAGACCUGGGAAAGCCAGAUGAAAACUUUGAAUGAGCUAUUGGAAAUGCUCAGAAUGAACCUGCUUGAUGUUAAUCCGGAGACUGUCACAACCAGAGAGACAGAUCCAGUGUUCCUGCAGGGCCGGGUGACAUGUCAGAAGGAAGCCAGUGGAGUCACCCAUGGAUCCUGGCAGUUUGGCUUUGAUGGACAGAUGUCCCUCCUCUUUGACUCAGAGAAGGGAGGCUGGAAAGACAUUCAACCUCAAGGCAUACUGAUCAAAGAGACAUUGAACAAAGAUGAGAAUGUGUUUGAGCUCCUCAUGAAUAUUUCAAUUGAAAACUGUAAGAUCUGGCUGGAGGAAGUUUUGGUGCAUCUGGGGGAAAAAGCAUCAAAAAACAUCAUUCCAGGUAGAGCCCAAUCCAAGUUCUUGGUUGUCACCCCUGACCCCUGGAUCUUCCUCGUGAUCCUCAGCUGUUUGAUCACAUUUUUCACCCAAGGUGGAGUCCUUGUUCAAAGAGAAAGGCUGACGGUGCCUCCAAGUAGCCCCUGAGUGAGGUCUUUCUCAGUCACUCUGCCUACUGGUCCUCGGUCGGUCGGUGGAGCCCCUGCUUUUCCUGCUUAAGUGCCAGGACUUCAGGCCUCACAAAUGCAGAGGCUCAUCAGAGUGCAGUGAUGUCACAGACAGCGUGUGUGUCUUUAACUGUGGUUGGUGAUUAUCUUCUGCAGUGCCUUUUGUUUCUUGUGUCUCUGCAGACUCAUAUAUGUGGUGCUGGGGCUUGAACCCAGGGCCGCAUGCACUGUAAGUCAGGCUCUUUAUCCAUUGAACCGUCUCCUUGCCCCAAUGUAAAAACUUAAAGCCUUUUUAAUAUGUUUGAGGACUUUAGGUUAACAGAAGAUUAAAAUGAACAAUAAAGCCAAUCUCUCCACACAAGUAA